AUGGCCUCCCAACUAGGGCCGCCGACGGCGAGAUAUGCCCCACCUGCUCCCAGCACCAUCACUUCUAUAGGCGACGACCUUCUCCGCGAGAUCUUCCUCCAUCUCCCCUCCCUACCGAGCCUCGUCCGCGCCGCCCUUGCCUGCCGCACCUUCCUCCACGCUGUCCGUUCGUCCCCCGUCUUCCGCCGGGGAUUCCGGUCGCUCCACCCAUCCCCAUUCCUUGGCCUCUUUAUCGAGUCCUACAGCUGUUCCCUCCCUUCUUUCGUCCCCCUCCGCCGCCGGUCCGACCCGGACCUCGCCGCCGCAAUACGCGGCGGCGAUCUCUUCCUCACCCGACUCCCGGAGGACAACGACGACCCCUCUCCCGGGUGGGAGAUCCAGGGCUGCCAAGACGGCUACGUCGUCCUGCUCAACCGGAGCACCGAACAGAUUGCCGCCUACAACCCCCUCACACUGGCUCUGGAUUUCCUCCCUCCACUGCCCCAUGAGAUGUCCCGCUCCCGCUCCCUCGAGAUCCACGUCGUCUUCUCCCAAGAGGGCCAGGGGUCGUUCCGUGCGGUCUGCGUCCGCCACGGCAGGUCCCUGCGGCGGGCGCGGGCGCGCAUCGCCGUCUUCUCAUCGGACGACAGGGGCAAGGGGUGGCUGGUUAUGCCGGCGGUGGACACCGCGACGCCACAGCCUGGGGAUGGUGGAGUUGACAAGCCCAUGUUUCACACUGGCACCCUGCCCCUAAAAGGGAAACACUCCACAAACUUCAGGCUUGGUCAGACCAAGGACGGCGAGCUCUGUAUCGUUUGCGCAGACGACUCCCGUGCAAAGGAGUGGACGCUUGCUGUUUGGUUCUGGAGAGCCGACGAUGGCGGUGUCAAGAGAUGGAUGGAGAAGAGGUUUCCGUUGCACAAGUUUGUUGAGUUCACCGAGUGUUCAGGAGAAGAUCAUGUCGUGGUGAACAGUUUGGCAGUUGUCGACGGCUUUGUGUACCUGUCUAGUUACUGUCACGCAAGUACUGAAUCUCCUGAGUGGUUUCUAUCCUUCUGCCUUGAAACAGCGGAGCUUAUCAAACUCUUCCGGGGUACAUUUGACAGCCCUCUCCAUCCCUACAUCAUGGCCUGGCCACCUUCUUUGGUAUGCAACAAGUCAUGCAAAGAAGCUUUGGUUAGUGAUGAUGGGGCAAAAUUUGCAGAGAUAGAGGCCUUUUUACUUUCGAGGGUGAGAAGAAGUCUGAGCAAAAUGGCUGCUCUACAUACAGAAUUGACAACUGCGAGGAGUCACAUCUUGAGGAUAGGUGUUCUUCGAUAG